AGGUGCUCGAGAGGUCACCAGCAAAUGGGUGGAGCAUCUGAAGAGCGUGCAGCCUGCAGACUUGGCUCAGGAUUUCCGUGCCAUCAACAAGACCGCGGCCAAGAAGGGUGUUCGGACUGCCAAGCAGAUGAAUGCCUUUCGCAGGGGUGUUGAUAUCAGGCUCAACCCUGUCCGCAACGAAGAUGGCAGCACCACAGUGCGGCGGCCGGUGGACCAAUCAGCGACCUAUGGACGUGCGAACUUGCCCUCCACACCCAUGCAGGAUGUGUUGCAUGGGGCCUUCGCCUCGGAUUUCGAAGACGAGAUGAGUGCGAGGUAUGUGGCCUAUGCCGAGCAUGAGGCGAAUGAGGCACCGAAUGGGAAGCACCGGAUCAAAAUGACCAAGGCGGAGCAGAUGCGCGUGCGCGCGCGGAAGAUGGCGGAAGCGCCCCCAAGGAUUCUGAGGCCAAGGGAUCCCUUCAGGCACUUGUCACCUCGCAUGCAGCUGCAACCUCUGUCUGCCCGGGAAAAGACAGUGGGGACACCGUGCCUGUGGCAACCUUCCUUUGAUUCCUUGAUGGCUGAAGAGCACCCAACUGAUCCUUCCUUUGGCUUCCUCUUGAGGAGGUCGAGGAAGCCGCCGUUGCGGCUCCAGGUGAAGGAGAGAGGACGCAGCUAGCAUGACGGGCCAUGGUCGGGUGGGCGGAAUCUCCGCCCGGAGGAGGCUCUCAGCACUGUAGCGAUGCACUUGUUCCUAG